AUUGCAGCGCUAUCGUUAGUCGUACGUUCUACGUCGUAUGAAGCGGACGCACGAUGUGGAAGACCACGACCGUGAUCUUUGUUCUUGCCUGUGGUAUAGCUAUUUUAUUCCGAACCGGUCCUAUAGAUGUACCGGACUUGCCUGAGACAUUCUGGGGGCCAGAAAGAAAUAAGGGAGCCUCGAAGGAAGUACGACCGUUCGUUAUUAAAGUACCGAAGUCGGUAAUUGACGACCUAAAUGAACGAAUCACAAAAAGGAGAGAAUUCGUGGAACCAUUGGAGGAUUCUGCGUGGACUUACGGUAUCAGUACGACAUAUUUGAAAGAUGUUCUUGCAUAUUGGAGCACAAAGUAUAACUGGACUGAACGAGAAGCAUUGCUGAAUAAGUAUCCCCAAUACAUAACCAAUAUACAAGGUCUGGACAUACAUUUUUAUCAUGUGAAACCUAAUAUCCCACCGGAACGAAAAAACGUAAAGGUUUUUCCAUUGUUGAUUAUUCACGGCUGGCCAGGAUCUGUAGUGGAAUUCCAAAAGAUUAUUCCCAUGUUAACGACACCGCGUCCUGACAAAGACUUUGUGUUUGAGGUGAUUGCGCCCUCGCUUCCGGGAUACGGAUUCUCGCAAGGAGCUGUGCGACCAGGAUUAGCCUCGCCGCAGAUAGCUGUUAUAUUUAAAAAUCUUAUGUUGCGUCUCGGUUUUAACAAAUUUUACACGCAGGGCGGAGAUUGGGGCUCCGCUGUUGUUGGGCAUUUAUCUAGUCUUUUCCCGGACAACAUUCUUGGCACUCAUACGAACAUGUGUAUGGUUAUGAGCAAGUCCAGUAUGAUAUGGAGAUUAAUCGGUUCGUUUGUCCCAUGGCUCGUUGUCGAGAGCGAAUAUUCCGAUAGAAUGUACCCUUUGGGAUAUCAUACGGGUCGACUCCUCGAGGAAUCAGGAUACAUGCAUAUACAGUCUAGUAAACCAGAUACUAUAGGUACUGCUGUGGCAGCCUCGCCAGUCGCAUUAGCAGGAUAUAUUUUGGAAAAGUUCAGUACAUGGACGAAUCCUGAGUACAGAUUCCGUCCCGAUGGCGGUCUUCUCGAGAAAUACACGUUAGACGAGCUUUUAGAUAAUGUCAUGCUUUAUUGGGUUACCAACUCUUUGACUACAAGUGUACGACUUUAUGCCGAGCAAUUUAGCAAGGCCCAUAUGACGAGCAAGAUCGACGAAUUGCCUAUUGAUGUGCCGGUAGCGUGUGCGGCAUUUCCUUACGAAUUAUUCUAUCAACCGGAAAGUAUCCUUCGCGAAAGAUAUACUAAUCUGAUACAGUUUAAUCAUUUACCGCGCGGAGGUCAUUUCGCUGCAUUUGAAGAACCAGCUCUUUUAGCGGAUGAUAUCUUCAAGUUUGUGUCCACGGUUGAAGAUAUUAAGAAGAAAAAUAGUGCCAAAAAUAUGCCAAACGCAGAGAAGAAAAUAAAAGAGCCUACAAAAAUUUGAAAGAAUAUUUAAGUGUGCUAUUUUAAUUAAGAGAACAAUAAGAUGUGAAGUAACAAACACUACACUUGAUCGCCUAUAAAAACGAUAUUGUUGCAUUUUUUUCCCGUUUUUUAUAACAUGGGAGUUCUUUAAAUAAAAGAAUAUUUUUCUAA